AUGUUACCAAUAACACCUGUAUCGGCUGCUACAAUUUUAGCUGGAAAUAAUAAUCAUCAUCAUCAUCCACAUUAUCAGAAUUAUCAUCGACAGCAACAACAACAACUUGAAAAUCAUAAUGAUAAAGUUGAACGUUAUCUACAUUAUUGUCGUCAAUUACAACAACAACAACAACAAGAUGAAUCAAUCGAUGUUGAUCGAUCGGAUUCUAAUGAAUCUAUAAAUGGGUUGUGUUCGAAUUUAAAAAAUAUUGAAAAAUCAUUGCCACCUUUAUCCAUCAGCAGCAGCAGCAAUGGUAAUAAGAUUUGUCAAAAAUCAAUCCAGAAUAAUAUUGUUUCACAUAUUGAUGAUGAUUCUGGUGAUAAUGGAACAUUCCUAUUGGAUUCGUGGCUAGAGAAUAAAUUACAAACAAGUUUUAAACAAUUGAAUUCAAUAUUACGAAAUGAUUGCCAUCAUCAUCAUGAUGAAUGUUGUGAAAUAUUUUUCCUACAUCAUCAUAAUGAUGAUAGCCAACAAGAACUACAACAACAACAAUCACAGAAAAUCAAUCAAACACUAGUGGACAAUGGUGGACAUGAUACUGGCAAAAUUGAUUCAAAACCAGUAAAUAAUGAUCCACUGUCAAAUAAUAGUUUUACCAAAUGGCAAAAAGAAAAUCUUGACAAAUGUAUUGAGCGAUUAGAAAGGAUCAUUUCCAAUUUCAAUUCCGUUUGCGUUGAUGAUGAUGAUUCAAGCAUAUGUUGUAUAAUAUUAACACGACCAAAUAAUGAAUUACGAUCAAAUGAUAAUGAUAAUAAUAAUCUAAUCUAUGUUUAUCCACCGAUAGAAUCGGUAAAUAAUGAUCUUCAUCAUCAAUGUGAUCAAUCAUCAUCAUCAUCAUCAUCAUCAUCAACGUGGCCAAAAACAUUACCUAUGAACAAAAAUAGUAGCUCUCCAAAUAGUCGAUUAACCCGUUUGAGUGGUAUGUUUGUCACGUUAUUCGAUGUAAUGAUAAAACUUGAACAACAACAACAACAACAACGGCAACAAACAACUAGUCAUUCAAUGGAUAAUAAUAUUCUAUCCAUAUCUAGUUUACAAUUAUCCGGUAUUGAUGAUUAUAACCAAUUCAAUGAUAUUAUGUCUGAAUAUCGGAUUAGUUUCAUAAUUGAAAAUGAUAAUAAUAAUGAUGAUGAUGAUGAUGAUAAUGAACCAAUUAUAAUGGCCAUUGCAAUGCCUAUUAAUCGUUUUGAUUUGAAUAAUGUGCGUGCAAUGGCACAAUUAAUAUAUGAUUCAAUGAGAAUUUUAUUUGGUUCAAUUCGUGCUACGUUUUCAAAUAAUCAUCAUCAUUAUUGUCAUCAAAAUCAACAACAGCAUUCCAAUUCAAUCUUUGAUUAUUUAAAUAAAAUUUUUAUCACUAUGAAUACGAUGCUUAAAUUAUCAUCAUCAUCAUUAUCGAAUAAUAAUUGCCACAAUUUAACUAUCGAUUCAUUACAAUUAUCAGGAACAUUUCCAAUGCAUAAUCAAUCAAAUGAUGCAACAUUAUUACCAUUACAACAUCUUUUCAUAAAUGAAACAACAACCAUGACUAUAUCGAAUGUUUGUAAAUAUCUUAAUGAUUAUGAUUCACUAGAUUGGAUCGAUGAAAGUAUUCAAUUCUAUAAAGAUGGUAAUGAUAUUGAACAAGCAUUAAGUGAACAUUUUGCCCGCUGCCUUGUAUCUAUCGAUGACCCGAAUCAUCUUGUUGGACCAAACAUAUUACCACCAUUACAGCAACCUUCAUCAUCAUCAUCAUCGUUGUUGUUGUUGGAUAAUAAUCACAUCUUUGAUUUAUUAGAACUUGAAUUAACUUUUUUCACUGUGAUUGGUAGCUGUCUAUUCUAUAGAGGUUGUCUGGUUAAAUCUCAUUUACCAAAUUAUUGUUUAUCGAUUAUUCAUCGUUAUCUUUAUACACGUGCAAUACAUGCAUUGGCUAGCCAUGGUCAUUAUCAUUUGGUACAUUUUAUCCGGUUUCAUCAUCCAACCAUCAUUGAUAAACAAUGGAAAUCAUCACCAUCAUCGAAUGGCAAACAAACGGAUUUAUUUCUACUCAUAUUAGGUCAUGGCCAUCUUAUUCAUUGUACCAUCAUACAAGUUUAUCGAUUUGAUCGAUCAGCUGAUUCGAUGAACAUUAGAUUUUUUGAUAAAUAUAGUGGUGAACAGAAAACAAAAUCCAAUCCAUCAUCUUCUAUUAUGGAACAAAAUAAUGAUUAUCAACAACAACGACAACAAUUACAAUUACCAUCAUCAUUUGCAUUUUAUGUUUUUAUCAAAGAAUCUUAUCGUCUUUUAAAUUUUUAUCUACAUCGAUUUGCUAUUGAUGAACAGCUUGAAUAUUCAUUUAAAAUGACUAGAUAUUUGAAUCAAUCAUAUUUAAUGAAUUUUUUCGAUAAAACAUUUACUAGUCAAAUUAAUGAUAAUAAAUGGCUAAAUAGAUUGAAUCCAUUCAACAAACUAAUGAAUCGUUUAUCCAAACAAGAUAAUAACAAAAAUGAAUCAUUCAACACACGAUUCGAUACGAUAAUGAAUCGAGAAUCGGAGGAUAAUGAUGAAUAUAUUGACAAAUUAACGGCUUUACGACGAUCAUCACGUAGUGGUAGCCAUCAUUCAGCUUAUUCAAUGAAUCCAAGCAUUGCUGAAUCACUAUUAUCCAAUGGAUCUUUGUAUAGUCAAUCGACCAUUCAUUCUAUUACAUCGACUAUUGCAUCGUCAUCGUCAUCAUCAUCAUUAUUAUUUGAUCAUCAAAUUCAUUCACCAUCAUCAUCAAUCAAUGAUAAACGAUCAUUUUGGCCUUGUGAACAUUUACCUGAUACAUUUAUUUGUUAUUUGAAUAUUGAACAUGAUUUUGAAACAUUUUAUGGGCCAAUUCUUAACAGUAGUGACAAUGAUACUGGCCAACAGCAGCAAUUAUGGCUAAUUAAUUUAAUGUCAGAAUUAUAUUUACGAAUCAAUCAAUUACGAGAACAUUUACAAUCAAUGUGUAAUGUUGAAAUGAAACGUCGACAACGAUUACGAAAAUCAUCACCGAUGAUGAUCAAUGCCAUUGGCGAUGAUAAUCAAAACGAUAGCCAUAAAAUGACUACAGUAAAAACAGCAAAAACAAUCAUUUUUCAUUACGAUUCAAAUGGCCAACCAAUAGUAGCGGCAACAAAAGAUGGACAACAACAACAACAACAACAACAAUUAAAUCAUCAUUUACAGAUGCGUAUAUUGAUUAUUGGUCAUUGUCACAUGGAUUAUCAAUCAUCCGAAGAUCAUGAUCAAAUUAUUGAUGAAUUUUAUUCAUGUUUUCGAUUGAAAAAUCAACCGACGAAUGCACAACAAACAUCCUGAAAACGAAUCAUCAUCAUCAUCAUUUCAUUUGGUAAAUUAAUUUUCGGUGAUGAUUCAGAUCAAAAUCGACAAAAAUCAUAUCAAAUUGAACAAUCGGAUAUGAUAUGGAUGGAUAUUGAUCGAUUGAUAAAUAAUAUACGUAUUGAGAAUCGAUAUCAACGAUAAAAAAAAACAAUACUCAAACUAGUUUAUUCGUUCAAAUUUGCACUAAUAUUUGUUGUUUUUAAUUUGUGAUUUCUCAAUCAAUCAAAAUCUAAAUCAAAAAUAAAAAAUAAAACGCGUGU